AUGAAAAUACAUCCAAUUCUUCUCGGUGGAGCGGUGGUUGCUAGCUCCGCUCUUGGGGUGGGUUUCACAAGGCCGUCUUCCAUCUAUCGCCUGGCUGUGGCACCGAUCCUCACAUUCUGCACGUUUAGAUGCAUCACAACCAGCAUGGACUACAUGAUACGAUGUCCCUGGGCCGGUUUGGUAGGAGCGUAUACCAUUACGUUCUUUCUGCACUACCUUGAUAUUGUGCUACUCCGAGGCUGGUCCUUCGAAGCUGGUGGUCCAUCAACAGAUCCUGGUACCGGUAAAAAUAUACCCAAUUAUCCCAAGAAGGAUCGAACGGACAAUACCUGGGAACGUUUGAAGUUUGGUCUUGCCGCAACUUGCUCAUUUCGCCAUAUUGGAACCCCCUAUCAAGUCAAGAAUGUACCACGGUUCAGUGACAAGAAUCCGGAGUAUGUCCCAUCUCGAUCGAGAUUCUUGAUAUGGACAGCCUUUCUCUAUGCUGCGUGCUACCUCUUUCUCGAUUUGAUUACAUUCAAAGUCGAUAUAGAUACCAACCUCAAAUACUUUACUCAAAAGAACGUUCCAUUUUUCACACGGCUGCCGAAUAUAUCGAGCGAUGAGAUAGUGAUGCGGGUGAUAAACACCAUCAUCUCAGGAUUGAUUAUGAUAUGCGUCCAGAGAAGCUUUUACAGCCUUGUUGGGUUCUUUAGUGUACUUUUGGGUAUCAGCGAACCGCGGGAAUGGCCUCCAUACUUUGGAUCUCUUUCGCAGGCCUUUACAUUGAGAAGAACAUGGGCAGUAUUCUGGCAGCAAACCAACGCAGCGAAGUUCGCUUCUGUAUCCAGUUUUAUCGUGCAACGUGUCCUACGUAUUUCUCCUGGAACUCAGUUAUACCGAUAUGCAAGGCUGGUUACCAUAUUCGCGAUUUCUGCAUUGAUGCAUGUUCUAGUUGACGUGGCAUCUGGCCUAUCGUUAACUAGUUCUGGGGCAGCGAGAUUCUUCCUAACCCAAGCAUUCGGAAUUAUGAUUGAAGAUAUAAUUGUUAGCAUAUACUACAACUUCGUGGUCAAGGAUAGGUCUCGCGGAAGCUACCUUCUGGAGAAAUGUGUUGGUUUUGUAUGGGUUUGUGCAUUCAUGAUAUGGUCUUCCCCAGCAUAUGUUUACCCACUGAUGUACCGUGUGAAUUCUGGGCAAGACGACUCUAUCAUUCCAUUUAGCAUCAUCAAAAUGCUCAUUCCCGUCCGAUAA